UUAUAAAAAUGCACAAAGGGUUUAGCUUGCCUAAGCUAUAUCACAAGAAAAAAUCAAAUCUGGUUCAAGGGAGGAACAAGAAGUAUAACCAGACAGAUGCCAUACAUCAUGCAGAAGAGUUUAGUAAAUAUGUAAGCAAGAUGAGAAGAGACUCCAAAGACACUGGUCUCAGGAAAUCACUUGAUAUUGAAAAUUUGAAGAAGAGAUUGAAAAAUUCUAAUAUCACUAUUUCUUUCACAGGAAAUGAGGUCGUGGGUAGGAGGUCUAAGAGUAUACUUAAUGCACCAGAUUCAAUGAGGAAUUUACAUGCAAAGCUCCCUGAGAUUGGUAAAAACAAAAGAAAUAGUUCUAAUCCGAAUGCCUCAAAUAUCAUCCGAUUUGAUUCAAUCGGACGCCUAAGCCUUGAUAUGAAAAGCGCUCGUUGGAAAGUGAAGGAAGAUUAUUCGAAAUAAUUUCAAUAUUCUGAACAAAAACCAGCUAAAGAACAAGGGAAAAGUUGUUGAAUUGCCAGAUCUCAAGAUAAGGAUCACAACCAUCAAGCCUGAGUUUUGAAAUAUUUUGAAGCAGUCUUUCGAGGAGGAAAACAAAAAUGAACCAGAAAGAGAAGAUUUUUUAGAAAGAAUCCAGUCUACAAAGUUACUCAUUCCAAAUUUCGGGCCUUUAAAAGAAAAGUCGAAGGCUUCUUCCUGUAGAGGGUCAGAUCAGGUGAUGCCAGAAGAAAAGAAAGAGAUUGCUAAUUCGUCAACAAAAUCAAUUGAAAUUGCUAAGGACAAAUUUGAGAUGAAGUCUUGUGCAAAAUUUUCAGUAUCCAAACCUACUAAGAGAGGACAGAUUAAAGAGUAUGUGACUCACAACUUGCUCUUGUUUGAAGAUGAGAGCUACAACCCCAAGAGAAAUGAAUACAAGGACUCUCUUAGCCAAGUUAAGAAGGAUCUGGCUCGAAGAAAAUAAGAAAAUUUAUGAAAAAGAUUUCGAAACUAAUAGUAUCAGUACUAUUAGUCUUAGCAAUAUUGCUCAAGCACCCAAAUUAAGUCAUUGUGAAAAAAGGAUCAUAGAGAAAGCUAAUCGUAAAGAGGUGAUAUUCCCCACUGAGACUGAAAAGUCAGACAGUUAUAAUGAUCUACCAUUAAUUAAAUAAGCUGGAGCGUAGCUAUGCAGUAUAUGAGGAAGCUACAAGUCAUAAAAGUGAAACUGAGAGUUCUCAGAAGAAUUCAUCAAGACCAACCAUGAAAGAUGUAGUUAGUAGCCGUUUGGCCAAGCUGCUAAGAGAAUCUUAACUGAGGAGCCAUUAUGUGCUAGGUAUCUAUCUUAUGAUAUACUUAGCUUUAAUAUAAUUACUAAUUGAAUCAACCAAC